ACCAGAUGUUUUGUUUUUUUUUCCUUCAACUUGUUUUACUUCGGAAUUAAAUAGCAACUAAUUGGAUAUUUAGAGGAACGGACAUGAACUCACAUUGACUGUACAGUCAUGACUGUAUGUGGCCUUAAUAUUAUUUUGUAGAUGCUGACUGGAAAAAUUACAAACUUUUUCGGUUUGAUACGCAUGCAGUUAUAUUGUAUCUGAUGCAACUGGAAAUAUGUUCUUGCUUUGCAUAUCUGCCAGCCCUCAAUUGGAUAUAUUCAUGAUUAAUGACUUGCAUUUCAAAUGGGAUGAGGAGGAGUUUAUAGAGCUUCUAUGUAUUACAUGUAGCUGUUUUAUAGAAACAAGAAAGAUGGUAGACGUUGUGAUAUUGACUGUGCUUUACGUAGCUGCGUUGUUCCUUGGUGUGAUAUAUUACUACAUGGGAAACAGACAAAGCACUACGAUACCUGGGCCUAAUCCUACAUCUGAGAGAGAUGGAAAUUUGGCAGACAUUGCAAAAGCUGGAAGUCUACACGAAUACCUUUUAGAUCUUCAUCAGAAGUACGGGGACAUAGCUGCUUUUCGGAUGGGAAAGGAGAUGGUUGUAAGCAUCUGUUCACCAGAACUGUUCAGGGAGCAUUCUAAUGUGUUUGACCGACCUGCUUCACUGUAUAAAAUAUUUGAGCCUUUGCUGGGGAGGAAAUCGAUACCAUUCGCAAAUAAAGCCGAAGGGAAGAGCAGGCGUAAGAAUUACAACCUAGCUUUGGGUUCGAGUCAUUUACACUGUUACUACCCAGGAAUACAAGCAUUAUCUGAAAAUUUGGUACACGACUGGUCCAAUUUAGCUGAAAUGGAACAAAUUCCCUUGAAUGAUUCGAUGAUCACUUUCGGGAUAAAGUUAGCUAGUGUUAGUAUGUUUGGCAGCGAUUCAUGUUCCGAUGAAGCAAUCAAGGAUAUCAGGCACAACUUUCUUCUUGCAUCGAAUGAAUUAGAGAGAAAAUUGAUUGGAAUAUCAGAUGAAGACAGUGAAAGAGUGAAGACGUUUGAAGAUGCUCGAAAUAGAUUUCAUGAUCAUGUUAACAAGUUGGUGACCAAGCGCAGAGAACAUCGGAAGAAAACAGACGCCACUCUUUUGGUUGACGUGCUUAUUGACAGCACCAAUGACGAGGAAGAGAUACUUCAUGAUGCCGUCACAUUUACUGCCGCAGGCUCCCACACAACAGGAAGCUUGUUAACGUGGGCGUUGUACUUUCUCUCUACUAAUCCUGAUGUCCAGGAAAACGUUUACACAGAAAUUGACCAAGUGAUCGGCACUAGUGAUGUAGACCCCAGAUCAGCUAAGGAUCUUAAGUAUCUACAUAAAGUGAUAAACGAGACAAUUAGAUGUGCUGUAAUAAUACCAUGGACGGCCAGGUACCAAGAUAAUGACUCAGAACUCGGAGGAUAUAAAAUCCCUGCAAAAACAUCUGUAAUUCACGCACUUGGCGCAAGUCUCCAAAGUGAAAAAUAUUUUUUGAAUCCUAAAAGGUUUGACCCAGAUCGAUUUUCUGAAGCAAAUAUAAAAUCCAGACCAGCAUAUGCGUUUCAACCCUUUGGAUUCGCUGGCAAAAGAAUGUGUCCCGGAUACAACCUGGCUAUUAUUGGAGCUAUUGCUUUGCUAGUCAAUAUCCUGAAAAUUUUCCGGGUAAAAUUGGUUGAAGGCCAAAUGGUGACUCCGAAAUUUGGUAUAGUUACUCAUCCAAAGGACAAAAUCUGGAUCACAGUGGAGAAAAGAUGAAGGAGAUUGACUAUAUGAUUUGUGUGUCACUUUGGAAGACAUUAGAUAUUCCAUAAUAAUUGGCGGAGGGGGAUCCGUGAUAUUAAAUCUAAUCAUUUUUCCCGUUUUAUUUGGGGUUUUUUUAAAUGUUUCAAAAACAAUUAAAAGAAAUACACUUUUUGAACGAAGAAUUUAAAUGUACAUUUUCAAAUUUGUUUGUUUAUCUGUUAUAAACCACUUUUAUUUUGCAAUAAAUUCUUUAUUAACACAUUGCCUAAACUUUGCCUGUUCAACAGCAUUAUAUACAGUGUCCCAUAACGUCAAAAUGCAAUUUGAUUAUUACAUAUAAUGUAAAUUUUCAAUCAACAAAUUUUACAUUUAUAUGUUUUUAAAAAUAAGACGAUGUUUAUAAAAACACAACAAAUUCAUCGUGUGCUCCAAAUGACGUCCUUUUUUUAUCAAUGAAGAUGUCUGUCUAUGAAAAAAAAAUUCAUAACAGCCACUGUACGGAUCCAAUCCUCUGAAAUCUCACGAUGUAAAGAAUCUGUUACUUGUUGAAUCGUAAUUCCAGGGUAUUCUUCUUUAUAAUUUGCACAAUUAUACCUGGAGUCCGUGAUUUAUAAUACAGUUUUAAAACAGAAGAUGCCUGCUCUAAUGUCCGAGUUAUCUUGAUUGAAAUUCAAUCUAAACCAAGAAAUAUGAUGCAACUUUGUAAGACCCCAUUAACAUAACAGUCAAAUAGACAGAAGCUACGUUAUCAUAAGUUAUAAACUUGUAUUUACAUUCCCUUAUUGAUGAAAAAUAAUACUUUAUUAAUUAAAAAAUAGGUAUAAGUUGCUUCUAGAUUCGUUCUACACUGGUUUUCACACAGACUGUUGAGAUAAGCCUUGAAAAUAUAAUCCAUAAAAAAAUCAUUCUUGAAAUUUUGCCUCUAACAAUAGAAACAACUUUCCUGUUGAAUAAUUGUAAAACAUUGCGGUAAACAACAUGUAUGAGUUAUAUUUUCACACCGAUAAUAUUGAAUUCAAUGUUUGGAAAUUACAUAUAUAUUCAUACACAGCGAUUGGGUUGUUGCAUUUAAAAGCAUUAAAAGAUCACCGGAUAUAAUGAAAAAACGCAGUAGAUUGUAAAUAUAUUGUACACUGUAAAUGUACGUCAUCAUUUUCUUACAUAAAAUGCUAUGACAAAUGUAAGGGUAAAAAUUCAUAAAUUUCUAAUUAACUUUUUGAGAACACUAAUGACGAUUAAUAUGCACAUUAAGGUGAUGAAUAUUGCUAAAAAGACAUUCGAAAUGAAGGCAAAUGACAUAAAGUAGUGAAGCUCUUUACAAAAUGAAUCAAUAGAUCUGAAGUGUAAGUCUAAAACAUUAUAGAUAGAGACAACUGCAUUUAUCAAACACAUUCUAAAGUCAAAUACAAUUUAAGAAUAGCACGGAAAAAUAACUUUUCGUAUAAUAAUGAUAAUGAGGGUGUAAAGUCUAUACAAGCUAAGCAAGUUAUAGGUGAUAUUGUUAACUAAAUUAUAUGCAGUCCCAUAA